AUGUUAUUCCGGUCCCGAUUCCGGGGAGCGUUAUCUCGUCUCGAGAACGCGCAGCUUCCGACUACCACAAGCUUCACCUACUCCACCAUGGCUGUUGAAACACCUCAAAGUACCAAACGGAAAGCCUCGGAGGAGGCAGCUUCCCCGGAUUCUCAGCAGCAAGCCAGCAAGAAAGCGCGAACCGAUUCCCCAGACAAAGACGAGGAUGGCCCGUUGCGAAAGCCCCCACUGCGCAUUGUUCCAUUCCCCGAAAAGCCCGCUGUCCUAGAAGAGCGCCGAGGUGAUAUCGAGUUCCGAGUCGUCAACAAUGACGGAUCGCACGACAGCUUCAUCGUCCUGACGGGCCUGAAGUGCAUCUUCCAGAAACAGCUCCCAAAGAUGCCCAAGGAUUACAUUGCGCGACUUGUUUAUGAUCGAUCGCACUUGUCCAUAGCCAUUGUGAAACACCCGCUUGAGGUUGUUGGAGGGAUCACCUACCGACCAUUCAACAGCCGCACAUUUGCAGAAAUUGUAUUUUGUGCUAUCUCCUCUGACCAGCAAGUUAAGGGAUACGGUGCGCACUUGAUGUCCCAUCUCAAGGACUAUGUUAAAGCGACCUCUCCAAUCAUGCAUUUUCUCACGUACGCCGAUAAUUACGCUAUUGGAUACUUCAAGAAACAAGGGUUCACCAAAGAAAUCACCCUUGACAAGUCGAUCUGGAUGGGUUACAUCAAGGAUUACGAAGGCGGUACCAUUAUGCAGUGCACUAUGCUACCCAAGAUUCGGUACCUCGAGAUGGGACGGAUGCUCCUGAAACAAAAAGAGGCCGUUCAAGCUAAGAUUCGUGCAUUCAGCCGAUCUCACAUCAUUCAUCCUCCCCCAAAGGAGUGGAAGAAUGGUGUCGUCAAGAUUGAUCCUCUCACCAUUCCCGCAGUCAAGGAAUCUGGAUGGUCGCCUGAUAUGGAUGAGCUGGCUCGCCAGCCUCGCCAUGGUCCCAACUACAACCAACUAUUGCAUCUGCUGAAUGACAUGCAGAACCACAGUGCCGCCUGGCCAUUCACCCAACCGGUGAAUCGGGAUGAAGUGCCAGAUUACUACGAGGUGAUCAUGGAACCAAUGGAUUUGUCGACUAUGGAAGAGAAGCACGAAAAGGAUAUGUAUCCGACACCGCAGGAUUUCAUCAAGGAUGCGAUGUUGAUCUUUGACAACUGCCGACGGUACAAUAACGAGAGCACUCCGUACGCCAAGAGUGCAAAUAAGCUCGAGAAGUUCAUGUUCCAACAGAUUCGGAACAUUCCUGAGUGGUCGCAUCUUGCCGACGGACACUGA